AUGGAUGAAACAAAUUUAUCAACAUUAGUAAAUAGUUAUUUUUUAGGUAUAGAUGCAAAUAGAUUAAGAGAGAUGAUUAGUAGAACCGGAAAAGAUAUGGACAUGUUACCAGAUUAUCCCACAAAAGCGAGAUAUGUUGUAGAAUAUGCUUUACUUUUUGCUUUCUUGGUCCUUUUGGAUUGUCAAAAAAGUCAAACUUUGGUACAGAUGAAUAUUAUUCAAUUAGAGAUUUAUUACCAACUGUAA